CCAGGCUGCAGCUUCCAGCUGUGCCAGCAUCAAGCCCUGUCUCCAAGUGCAGCAACUCCGAUCCAGCUUUAGUGUAUGUCCCCUUGUGUACAAUCGACGUCCCGACCUUACGAAACAGCUACCUCAUCCUCUUCUCACCGAGGCACAUUUUGCGGACGGCGUAUAAGCUUUACCGCGCCUCCAGUCACCGCAGGCCGAGAUGGCGUCGCCCAAGGUAGCGGCAGCGCUGGAGGAAGCGGCCAAGUCGGCGAAUGCCUCGGACUAUUCAGCCAUUCUCGCAAACAUCAAGUCGCUCUCCUCACCAGACAACAUUAGCACAGACCUGAAAGCCUUUGCCGACGCCGUUCUCACUGGCAAUCUCGGCGUCGUCAGCACACGCAGUCUCGUCACCGAGUUCAUUGCCGCCCUCCGCUCCCUAGACAAUCACGAUCUCUGGAUCGAAGUCGGUCGACAUGUCGUGGAAACCACCCCUACCACGCCGCUCUCGUCCUCGCUCGUCGAGCAGACCGCCACCCUCCGGGAGCUCAUAGCGACGGCGCACGAGGCCAACGAAGACUUUGUCGAAGCGGCCAAGUCGCUCGCCGAGAUACCCCUCGAUAGCUCGCAGCGGCGGGUUCCCGACGCGGAGAAGGCGGCCAUCUGGGUCCGCAUCGUGCGCAACUACCUCGAGGUGGACGACAGCACGGCGGCCGAGACGUACCUCAACAAGCUCAAGAACGUGAUGCACGACGUGGCGGACCCGGAGCUCAACCUGCACUUCCGGCUCUCGGCGGCGCGCAUCCAGGACUCGAACCGGCAGUUCCUGCAGGCGGCCAAGAGCUACCACGACAUCAGCUUCUCGCCGGCCAUCGCCGAGGAGGAGCGGCUGCACACGCUGUCCAUGGCCAUCAAGUGCGCCAUCCUGGCGCCCGCGGGGCCCAUGCGCAGCCGCGCGCUCGGCCAGCUAUACAAGGACGAGCGGUCCGCGGGGCUGGAGGAGUAUGGCAUUCUCGAGAAGAUGUUUUUCGAUCAGCUCCUGAGCGCCGCCGAGGUCGACAAGUUUGCCCGGGGCCUCGCGCCGCACCAGCUUGCCACCACGUCGGACGGCUCGACGGUGCUGGCCAAGGCCGUGGUGGAGCACAACCUGCUCAGUGCCAGCCGUCUCUACAGCAAUAUCGGGUUUGACGAGCUGGGCUUGUUGCUGGGCCUGGACGGGACCAAGGCGGAGGACACUACGGCCAGGAUGAUCGAGCAGGGGCGGCUGGCCGGGUCGAUUGACCAGAUUGACCGGAUCAUCUGGUUCGAAGGCGCCGAGGCGUCCGGAGAGAAGGGCAGCGGCAGGGCGGAGGUGCCCGUGGGCAAGGAGAUGCGGCGAUGCGAUAGCAACGUGCAGGCGUUGGCGGAGGAUGUGGAGCGGGUGACGGACGCGCUGCAAGCAGAGUUCCCAGAGUUUGUAGCCGCGCAAAUCGCGGUAUGAUCGAUUGGUUAUAAUCAAUGUCCUACCUGGUGACGAGUCGCCGUACGAACCUGGGAUAAGAUCCCACCUCAGUGGUGGGUGGUGGGUUGCCCAAGGUUAGUUAAGUUAGUAGGCCCAAGGUUAGUUAAGUUAGUAGGCCCAAGGUUAGUUAAGUUAGUAGGCCCAAUGUGGCCCAGUCUCGCGAGUUCCGAGACGUAAUCACGAUUUACGACUUGAAAAAAAAAAAAAA